UCCCCCAUUUUUCUCUGUCUCCACUUUCGCCAUAGCCACUCUCCAUGAGAGGAGCUUCCUCUAAGGAAGAGAUCAGAGGCACGGCCAUGGACGAAAACUGCGGCUGCUGGAGCGUCCUUAAACGCAGCGUUUCAGAUGCCAAAUCCUCUGCUUCUUCCAAACACUCCAUUCCUCGCGCUACCUUAGUAUACGAUGCAGCUACCGAAACGCGGUACCUAAACGCCAGCAACCGAGAUUUUUGCGCCCCGGCCGAAGCUCGGCUAUCCUUCGACGGUGCUCCGCCGCUGCCGUUGGAGGACAGAGGUAAACGGCAGCUUCUAAAAUUUUCAUUUCAGGAGCUAAGAUCAGCGACCGGAAAUUUCCGACCGGACAGCAUUCUCGGAGAAGGAGGGUUCGGGUUCGUUUUCAAAGGAUGGAUAGAAGAGAACGGGACGGGGCCGGCCAAACCUGGAUCCGGAAUCACAGUGGCCGUCAAAAGCUUGAAACCCGAUGGUCUACAAGGGCACAGAGAAUGGGAGGCUGAGGUUAGCUUUCUUGGACAGCUUCACCAUCCCAAUCUUGUUAAGCUUAUUGGAUACUGUAUUGAAGAUGAUCAGAGGCUUCUUGUAUAUGAAUUUAUGACGCGUGGUAGUCUUGAAAACCAUCUUUUCAGAAGGACAAUACCUCUUCCAUGGUCAAAUAGGAUUAAAAUUGCACUUGCCGCAGCCAAAGGCUUGGCCUUCCUCCACAAUGGUCCAGAACCUGUCAUUUAUAGAGAUUUCAAGACAUCAAACAUAUUGCUUGAUACGGAGUACAAUGCCAAGCUUUCGGAUUUUGGUUUGGCAAAGGCUGGGCCUCAGGGAGACAAAACACAUGUUUCCACCAGAGUAGUUGGAACAUAUGGCUAUGCUGCACCAGAGUAUCUAAUGACUGGUCACUUGACAUCGAAGAGUGACGUCUAUAGCUUUGGGGUCGUGCUACUAGAGAUUUUAACGGGGAGGAGAUCAAUGGACAAGAAACGUCCAAGUGGAGAGCAGAACCUAGUGUCAUGGGCCAGGCCAUAUUUAGAUGACAAAAGGAAGCUUUACCAUAUAAUAGACCCUCGCUUGGAGCUCAACUACUCCAUGCAAGCGGUUCAAAAAGUUUCUCGUCUAGCUUCUCACUGCAUCAGUAGAGAUCCAAAAUCUCGCCCCACCAUGGAUGAAGUUGUGAAGGUUCUCGUUCCGCUACAGGACCUUUCUGACCUUGCCAUCCUAACAUAUCAUUCUCGCUUGUCGCAACAAGGUCGACGAAAAAAGAAACCGGAAGGACUUCAUCAGCUAACAUAUACUCAACCGAAAAACAUUAGAACCUCCCCCAUGAAUGUCGGAGUCAUUCAUCGACAUUGAUGAUUGGUCGUAGGCUGCUGUAAGAACUUUGAUUCUUGGAGUUCUUCAGAGCAGAAAGUAGAGGUGGAUGAAGAAAGGUACAUGAAAUUCUUCUUCUUAGAAAGCUAACCAUCAACUUGGAACAUUUGAAUUUCAUUAUAUGGCUGUUUUUCUAUUGUUAUUUUGAUAAAUGAAAUCUUAAGAAAUCAUUAUUUGGCAGCCUCAAGAAUGACAAAGUUGCUCUGAGUUUGAAAUUAUCGGCCAUUCUGCUUCUUGUGACCAUAGGUUUAUAUUUCUGGCUAUCAUCUACAAUCAAUCUCGGGUUCUUCUCAUUUACUAUUUUUUUUUUCUUUGCAAAGUUUUUUCUCAUUUAUUAUGUUACUCUUUUCUCUUCAACUGGAUACCAAAGUUUUGAUGGUUGGGACUACAUCGUUUUGAGGUUGCUACAUUAAUAAACCGUUUGAUGGACAAGCAAAAUUGUUUGCUCCGGUCUAAUAACCAUUGGAUACAAAUUUGAGAUACAUAUCGUGAUCUCUCGCUCAUUUUUUUGACUUCUA